AUGUCCAAAACACGCAGCUCAAGAAAGGAGAUUGACUGGAAUGAAGUGAUCAGUGUUUCUCGAAAAGGUGCAGGAUAUCUUAUCUCACUGUCAGGAAGACUAGAAUUUAAUCCUUGUGACUACAUUGCGUUUAGAGGUCUUCGAAGAGAAAAAACAUUACUUCUACGACUACGACAGGAAUGGGAUCAAUGGAUACGUGACCUUAAGAAGAGCAAAGUUGCCAAAGUUAGAGAAGCGGCCAUUAAUGCCCCACGGAUGACAAAUCAACAUUUGGAUGAAUAUUAUUGCGAACGCUUAAUUGUUGGGCGUGAGUGGUCCGUUCUCCACAACUCUAUCGAACAGCUUGAUAAUGCCGAUCAAAGAGUCACUGAGAGCUUAAAGAUACGCAAUGCCAAGAGAAAGCAAGUACCUCAAAAUAUUGAGUCAUUAGAAACAUCGCCUCGUAACGCUCCUUCCCCUGUGGUACUUAUUCCGGCAUCAAAACCCCCCUCAAGCAAGAGAAUCAGAUUUGUAGACGAGGAGCUUGCCUCACAAUCCUCAAAAAGUGAUUUAGAUUAUGUUGUCUCGGAUCCAUCAGACCGAUCAUCACCAAGAUCUUCAUUAAACUCUAUUGAUUUCCAUUAUAUAAACCACCUCGUUGGACCCGGAUCCACCUCAUCACAAUUACAUACAUCGGCUCGACUUGUGAUUGGAACUACAGAUGUGUCACAGAUAUUAAUGAAUGCUCGGAAGGAGAUUGUAAAACGUCAGAGCGAACUGGAAAACACCUCUGAUAUUUUGUCCCUCAACUUUAUAUUUGACACUGAGUUUCUAAAAAAACAUCUUCCUGUCAAAGUUUUCACCAAGAUGUCACCAAUAUUUAUCCUUACCCCAGAAAAGAAGGAGAUCGAAAUUCUAUCAGAAUGUGCUAUGUUUGCAGCGACUCAUACAUUUUUAGAAACAAAGAAAUAUGUUCGUGACAUUUCUUCCUCAGAAGCCAUGAUUGAGGAUGUGUUGGUCUCUUUUACCAUUAGGCCAAGCCUUUGGCAGGAUUCAUCAUUAGAGUUUAUUACACAACAAUCGCAGCAAAAAAAUGAGGACACGUAUACCCAAGCAAUUGUCAAGAACAUUAUUACUGGCGUCUUUACAAAUCUUGAUAUUGCGGAUCACUGGGGGAGGGACCCAUUACCUUUGCCAACAGGGUUCGAGGAAAAAUACUAUCCUGACUAUUAUGCAGAGAGAAAUGGUCAUCCAUUUAUAGUUGUUGAGGUUAAAAAGCCAGGGGUACCUCAUGAUGCCCUAGAUAGUGACAAAAGGAAGCUACCAUGUAUGAUGAAGCUUAUGCUUGAUAGACUGCUUUCAAAUGGUGUUCCUAGCCCAGUGGUUCUUGGAUUCCUUAUCGGUGCUGUAUAUCUAUAUAGGGAUAUUGGUGUAUUUGAUCUCCCGAGAAAUAACCUUCAAUUAGGAUUGCUUCUUCCCGCACUUGGGCCACUAAUAUCCGUCAAGGAGCUUGCAGUGGGUAUGAUAUCAAAAAUUGAUAAUCUCACAAGCCCAGAAGAUACAACAAUGAAAUGGCGACGUCGCUCCUAUUACAUAUCCGGAGUAAGGAUUCCUGCUCCAUUGCCAUCAACCGUGGAACGGAACUAA